UUCAGUUUAAACGGAAGUGAACAGUGAUCAAGAACAAUUUCCACGUUAGCGUUAAUUAACAACAUGGGACGAACAAAUAUGACAAAUUUAGCUGCACAGCAUCACAUGUAGUCUUUAAUUCGCGUUGGAGACAGGACUUGGUUGAUAGAUGUUAUUUAGGUGACGCUGAACUAACAAUGGCUAACUGUAUGGUUUUUCACACUCAAAUAGCCUCCAUCAUGGAAGUGCUAGCAAAUUCAGCCGUGGCAGAGAUCUGUAAACUCGUAGACGACGACUAUGCAGUGUUUCGUUUGGAAAUUUCUCAAAGCCAGAAAGAAAACAGGGGAUUGCGUAGGAAACUACAGCUACUUGAACUGAAGGUAGCAAGGGAGCGCGCAGACAGGACAAUGCGAGAUCGCAUCCACGCUAGUCGUCCCAGUAAUGUCAAGAUCCUAGACCGAUACAGAGGAAUGGAAAAAGGUGAAGGAGAUCUCACUGGAGGCCACAGGAGCUUUGUGAAGGCAGCAGGACAAAAUACAUGGAGAGAUGACCAACCAAUCACUGUUGAUGAGGGGAGCGGAACCUCGACCCAGCACGUUAUUGUGAUAGAGUCUGCAGAUGCAGAGGCUGCAGGUCCUGGGGUCAAGCAGGAGAGGUCUGAAGGAGAGGAGGACCCACGUCACAGCAGAAACAUCCAGGUGGAAGCAGCAACUGAAGUGGCGCCCCCUGUAGCCACGGAGGACCCCACCACCGCUCCAGCGCAGCCCAGGAUCAGACACAGCAUCACGGAGGAGGAGGAGGGUCCAGAGGUGCUCCUGGUGAAGGAGGAGGGGUGUGAGGAGGGUCUGGGGAACCCUGAGUGGACCAUGGUCAUGGAGGACAACCAGACUACACCUGAACCAACUGAGGAACCAGCUGAGCAGCACAGGACCACACACAGUCUCACUGAGUCAGUAGACAUGGAGGAUGGGAAGCCUGAUCUGUUGAUAGUCAAAGAGGAGACAAUAGAAGAUGGACCAGAGAACAUUGACCUGCUGAGUGGACUAAAGAUGGGGGAGCAAGGUGAUUGGCUGGAGGCAAACAGAGGAGACUGGGGAGCCGUCUUGGAUUCCCAGACCCAGACCGGUGCAGCCAAGGGCCCAGGGGACGAUAUCACUGAGCAGGCCAGGACCAGAGGUGACAUAGUGGAGGUAGGCUGGAACAUCCACCACCGAAUGUGUAGCCCCCAUCUGGGUGAUGCAUCGGCAGCAUCUGCAGUCCAUGAGGACCUGCUGAUAUCCGGUGUUGCUUGCGGGAGAGACUGGACCUCUGAUGUGGCUGAUCACAAACCCUGGCCCCGGAUCAGAACUCUGGAUCAGGAUCUGUCGCUCUUCCUUCCUGAGUCGGAAACGGGACCCAACCACGAGGGACAGAGACUCCACCACCACACAGAACACAACCAGUGGACAGGUGGACUGAACAACCUCAGUCCUGGUGGUCAUCAGAGAGACAGAGGCUCCAGUCAGGGAUCCAGUCUGCAGCCCAGACCCUUCUCUUCACAGUCUCAGUGCAGGGAUGUAGCAGGGCCUGGGGCUGAUAAAGAUAGACCCUCCUGUUCUUAUGAUACAAACACCACAGUAUCCAUGAUGAACAGAGCAGGUCUUCCUGGGCUUCAGCCUUCACAGAGAGUGGUGGGAGACCCCCCUGGUGGUAGUCUAUCAGCAGGUCUGUCUUCUCCUUCAGGGUCUUGUCUAAUGCCUGGUGAAUGGGUUCAUAGAAAGCUUGGACCUGGGUCUAGCUUUCCUCAGUUACCUCAUGGUUACCCCACCAAUACAGACAGGUUCAGGAUGGGCAUUUACCACAAGAAGGACCUAGCCUAUAGCACAGCACAUAAUCCCAACAACACCCAAACAAUGGCUCAAGGAGGGAGCUCAAAGACUAACCACCUGAGAGUGGUGGCUCCUGCUUCUACCUCCUCUGGUGUCAUUGGGUCACAACGUGGGAGACCGAGCAUUAGGACGGACGAUGACAAGCCGUACACCUGCCCCACGUGUGGGAAGCGCUUUGCUAAAGCAAACUAUGUGAAGGAGCACCAGACUGUUCACACCAAGGAGAGGCCCUUCAAGUGCAAAUUAUGUUACAAGAGCUUCUCCUUCCUGAGUAACCUCAUCAGACAUAGGAGUGUCCACAACGGGGAGAAAUCAUAGCAGUGUGGCUUGAGAUGUACACAGGGGAUAUCUGGGAACCAUUAUUUAGCUGACAUUUUUGAAAAUACAGUAUAAGUGGAAGGCCCCUCCAAACCCCCAGAAUUUAAAAAAAAUCAAUGAAUAUUUUUCAUGAUUGGUAUACACCCACACCAUUUAAAAAAUACAUUUUUUUAAUUGAACCUUUAUUUAACUUGGCAAGUCAGUUAAGAACAAAUUCUUAUUUACAAUGAAGACCUACACCAGCCAAACCCGGAUGACGCUGGACCAAUUGUCCCUAUGGGACUCCCAAUCACGGCCGUUUGUGAUACAGCCUGGAUUCGAAUCCAGGCUGUGUCUGUUGUUAGGGUAUGCCCACACCAUUCCAACAAAGAAAAUAUACUUUUUAAUUAAUCACUCAUAUUGUAAUUAUAUGUCAAUAAUCAGCUAGGGGAAAUCUGAUUUUCAAUAUUGUGAUGCCAUUUUUAUAAUUGAAUAAAGAAUAUAUACAACAAA